CCACUUGUCUGUGACAUGAGUAGGAGCGACCAUCUCAAGGUAGGUAGGUAGCUUGUGAACCCAAUCUUCCCGGGAAACCGGAGCUGCCGUGCUCGUCUCGUCUCCUCCGUCCCCGGGCACCACCAGCACGCCGCACACCGCCCGCACGCGCGCAUCCGGACCCUAAACCCAGCUACCCUACGGUGCUGGCCAUGCUAUCCACGGCGGCGGCGGCGUCCACCUCGCUCGCCGCCUUCCCCACCCGCGCGAGGCGGCGCCUGCUCCCGGUCGCCGCGGCGGCGGACGGAGCCGAGCGGUUCGCCGCGGGCAGCUCCAUCGCGGAUUACCUCCGGUACCGCCGCCCUGGUUCCGGGACGGGGGAUGUCUCCGGGGGAGGAGGAGGAUGCGGCGGCGAGCUGCAGACGGCCGUGGUGCGGUACGAGAAGCGGCUCCCGUGGUCGAUCCUCCACCCUUUCCUCCGCGUUGACUUGGUUUCUACUGUCCACAUUGCUGACAAAGAAUACUUUGAUAAACUCCAGCAAGCACUUGAAGAUUAUGAUUGUGUUUUGUAUGAGAUGGUAACAAGUCGGGAUAAUUUAAACAAUCAAAAGGACCCAAUGUUAGCGAAGAAGCUGAAAUCUUCUCGUAGAGGUUUCAGUAUUCUUGGUUUCAUCCAGAAGCAAAUGGCGCGUAUCCUUUCAUUGGAUUACCAGCUAGAUUGUCUUGAUUAUGGCGAUGCGAAAUGGCAACAUGCCGACCUUGAUUUUGAGACUUUCAAGCAGCUUCAGACUGAAAGAGGUGAAAGCUUUUUCUCAUUUGCAGUAGACAUGACGAUGAAAUCAACUAAAGCCUUGGUACAGCCAAGUUUGCCAGAUGGGCUUGAUUUCUGGAGAUCUAAGUUGCUAUUGGCCUCACGGGUUCUACCAAUGCCACUUGUUGGACUAUUCGUCAUAACUGGGCUUUGUUUGCCAGUGGACAAUCAAGAUGGAUAUCCUGAGCUCGAAGCAUUAUCAAAACUAGAUUUAGGAGCUGCACUGAAGAUUUUCCUUGCGAAGCAAUUGACCUCUGAUUUCACGGCUAUGACUGCACCUGCUGAGGAUGAGUCGGUUAUAAUUGGGGAGAGGAACAGAGUUGCCACUGAGAAGAUAAAGGAUGCAAUAAACCGAGGUUACAAGAGAAUAGCAGUCCUUUAUGGAGGUGGGCAUAUGCCAGACCUGGACAGACGUCUUCAAGAAGAGCUGAAUAUGGUCCCAUCCGACGUGCAAUGGGUCACAGCAUGGUCAAUAAGAAGCCGGGAGCUAGAUAGAAAAUCCCUUCCAUUCUUGAAGACAAUGGCUGAGAUUUCAGGGUGGCCUUUAAAUAGAUACGAAACACUUGCUCUGCUCAUCUUUUCUUCAGUUCUUGCAGUAGAUCUUUGGUUCUGGGAGCUGCUUGUGGAAACUGGUGUGAAUUGGGCAUCUUUGGCUGGUACCUGGAUUGACCAAUUUAGUGGCGCGCUUUAACGAAGGACUUAUUGGAAAAGGGGUGAAAUGAAGUUUAACAGCAUACCGCCAUAUAAGUGGCAGUACAGACGAAAAUAGAAUUCCGUUUACUUUUUCAGUUUGUUCCAGCUAUGGCUUGAAUACUGUUGAUACAAACUUGUAGAUAACAAAUUAUUGGAUCAAUUUCAAACGAGGUUAGUAAAAAAAAGUUGAAGCUA